UAUAAAAACCCCGUGUUUGGAUCGCAACCGUCACAUUUCUCACUACAUCCCGACAUUGAACCGGGUGAAGUCAGGACAGCUCUCCGCUUAAAACGCCAAAUUAACGAAUUUUUCUUCGUCAGAAAUCGACUGAAACUACUCUGCAAAUAUGCGUGAAUGUAUCUCUAUCCAUGUCGGCCAGGCCGGAGUCCAGAUGGGCAAUGCCUGCUGGGAGCUGUACUGCCUGGAGCACGGCAUCCAGCCUGAUGGUCAGAUGCCUAGUGACAAGACCAUCGGAGGUGGUGAUGACUCCUUCAACACCUUCUUCAGCGAGACCGGUGCCGGCAAGCACGUCCCCCGUGCCGUCUUUGUCGAUCUUGAACCCACCGUUGUCGAUGAGGUUCGUACUGGCACCUACCGUCAGCUCUUCCACCCUGAGCAGCUGAUCACAGGCAAGGAGGAUGCCGCCAACAACUACGCCAGAGGCCACUACACCGUGGGCAAAGAGCUCAUUGACCAAGUGCUUGACAGAAUCCGGAAGUUGGCUGACCAGUGCACAGGUCUCCAGGGUUUCCUCAUAUUCCACAGCUUUGGUGGAGGCACCGGCUCUGGCUUCACAUCCCUGUUGAUGGAGCGUCUCUCUGUCGAUUACGGUAAGAAGUCCAAGCUGGAGUUCGCCAUCUACCCGGCUCCUCAGAUCUCCACUGCUGUUGUUGAGCCCUACAACUCAAUCCUUACCACUCACACCACCUUGGAGCACUCCGACUGCGCCUUCAUGGUCGACAACGAGGCCAUCUACGACAUCUGUCGUCGCAACCUCGACAUCGAGCGUCCGACCUACACCAACCUCAACCGUCUCAUUGGUCAGAUUGUGUCCUCCAUCACUGCUUCUCUGCGCUUCGAUGGUGCCCUCAACGUCGACUUGACCGAGUUCCAGACCAACUUGGUGCCAUACCCACGUAUCCACUUCCCCUUGGCCACCUACGCCCCUGUCAUCUCUGCUGAGAAGGCCUACCAUGAGCAGCUGACCGUUGCAGAGAUCACCAACGCCUGCUUCGAGCCGGCCAACCAGAUGGUGAAGUGCGAUCCCCGUCAUGGCAAGUACAUGGCCUGCUGUCUGCUCUACCGUGGCGAUGUCGUCCCCAAAGAUGUCAACGCUGCCAUCGCAACCAUUAAGACCAAGCGCACCAUCCAGUUCGUCGACUGGUGUCCAACUGGCUUCAAGGUGGGCAUCAACUACCAGCCACCCACCGUCGUGCCUGGCGGUGAUCUGGCCAAGGUGCAGCGUGCCGUCUGCAUGCUGAGCAACACCACUGCCAUCGCCGAGGCCUGGGCUCGUCUGGAUCACAAGUUUGAUCUGAUGUACGCCAAGCGUGCCUUCGUCCACUGGUACGUGGGAGAGGGUAUGGAGGAGGGUGAGUUCUCUGAGGCUCGUGAGGAUCUGGCUGCCUUGGAGAAGGAUUACGAGGAGGUCGGUGUCGACUCUGUUGACGAGGAAGGCGAGCAGGAAGGCGAGGAGUAUUAAACCGCGAAAAUCCCAGUACUCAAACAAUUCCCUACCUGAACAUUUAGAAAACCAAGAAAAGUCUAUAGGCCUACCCAAAAGAAUUCCUUUCACGGAUACAACGAUGUCUCGCUGAGCAAACAGACCAAGAAUGCUGCGAAUGGAAAAAUAUGAAAACAAAUUCAAAUAUCUUUUUAAGAUAUUUCUAACCGACUCUCUUUCUUUUUAAACAGAUUUUAAUAAAGUUAUCCUUCAAGUGUUUCAUAUUUAAACCUUUACUGUCCUGCAAUUUAGAUUGUUUUCUAUUUUUACAUUAUUCAGUUUAUUUUCGGUGCUCCAAAUGUUUUUCAGAAAGCGUUAUUCCAAAUUAUGCAAGGCAAUAAAACAAAGCUGCUAAUCCGAAGUAAUUUAA